GCAUUCUAUACUUGGUGGCAACCAACACUGCUACUUGCUUGUUACUCGAAUUAUAAACCACUCAGAGAGUAAUAGGCACUGUUUCUAUUGAGUACCGCCUCCGAGAGCUUCAGCAACCAUGGCAACAGCAAUGCCACCCCGCCUCCACCCCCAAGAAAUCUCCUUCCCUCUGCCCCAGGCCCUCCACACGACAGCACAUAUCCAUCUGACGCGGUUGGAGACAUGUGCCAUGGUGUUUUUGGCGACGUCGACGCCGGGUGACUCGGCUGGGACGGUCAAGCCGAUGGGGAGUCUGAUCUAUGCGAUGCCUGAUCUAAAAUCCCCCACCACCCCACUCUCCACAACCCUGUACACCGCCCCAAACAGCCUGGAAUACACCACCCGGGUCGCUAAGAUCCUAGCCCGCCGGUUGCGCGUGCCCGUCUACGUGGGGAGCAGCAUUGAUCCGGCCUCGCUUGGGCUGCAGGUGGAAGAGGAGAUGGCGGGGUUGCGGCGGAUUGUGGAGGAGGUUGUUAGGCGGUGGGAGGAGGGGGAGAAGAAGGAGAAGGAAUAGGAGGAGAGGAAGUGGCCUUUCAAUCCCUGCGGGAUUCAUAUAUUGAAAUUGGGAAUGGGGAAAAGAGCUUGGGAAGGGAAGGAAGGUGGAUGGGUUGCAUAGAACUGGGCUGAUUGAGGUUGGGUUACCUGUAAGGAUGAGGGGGUUGUUUGUGUGUGUCAGUUGGUUUGUUCUUGCUAUGUUUGUUUACCAUUGGUGUAAGGAAUGAAUGUUCUUUGAUGUGGUUGAUGUGUUGUUGGG